UGCAAGCUAGAGCUCCGACUUUCCUAACUGAAGAUCACUGACGUCAUGAUUUGCGCUCGUAUUUGACCGAGUUCCCAGUUGUCUUCUGCCGCGUUCAAAACAACUGGGAAAUCGGAAAAAUACUAGGUCAAGGCCCGAGUUACCGAGUUGGAAUUCCGAGUUGGGUGGCCGUCCAAAUCGAUUUUUCCCAGUCGGAGCUCGUUUUUUUCCGAGUUCACAUUUAUGUUGAACGCACGUAAAUCGGAGAUUUUCGAGUUCUCGGUUGUUUUGAACGCGACAUUUGAAAGCACUACGUGAGAUCGCGGUAAUGAGAGAUAUAGCAGACAUCGAACGAGACUUGCCUGACCCGUCAUCCUAUGCCGCGUGUGAUUGCAUAAACAGAAAAGAUGGCCGCCUCCGUCCGUGAAAAGCAGGCAGCUGCCUUGAAGCGCAUGCUGAAUUUCAAUGCUCCUCCUUUGAAAAACACUGCUGCUGAGCCAGUAUGGAAGGUGCUGAUCUACGACAGGUGUGGCCAGGACAUCAUCUCCCCUCUACUGGCAGUCAAGGAGCUACGGGAUAUGGGGAUCACUUUGCACUUGUUGCUUCAUUCAGACAGAGAUCCCAUCCCCGAUGUGCCAGCCAUCUAUUUUGUGAUGCCGACAGAGGAGAACAUUGACCGGAUAUGCCAAGACCUUCGUAGCCAGCUGUAUGAAUCUUAUUAUUUUAACUUCAUCUCAGCCAUAUCCAGAAGUAAACUAGAGGAUAUUGCCAGUGCAGCUAUCUCAGCCAACGCUAUCACACAGGUUACCAAGGUGUUCGAUCAGUAUUUGAACUUCAUCACACUUGAAGAUGAUAUGUUCAUCCUCGGAAAUCAAAAUAAAGAGUUCAUCUCCUACCAUGCAAUUAACAAGCCGGACAUCAUGGACACAGAGAUGGAGGCCAUCAUGGAUACGAUAGUAGACAGUCUCUUCUGCUUUUUUGUCACUCUGGGUACUGUCCCCAUAAUCCGCUGUCCAAGAGGGAAUGCUGCGGAGAUGGUCGCGGUGAAACUUGACAAGAAGCUUCGGGAGAAUCUGCGAGACGCCAGAAACAGCCUGUUCACUGGGGACAACAUGGGGGCCAGCCAGUUCAGCUUCCAGAGACCCUUAUUUGUACUUGCUGACCGCAACCUGGAUCUUGCCACCCCCCUCCACCACACAUGGACCUACCAGGCCCUCAUCCACGACGUGCUGGACUUCCACCUGAACAGGGUUAGUAUGGAUGAGUCUGUGGGGUCAGAAUCCUCUCCUGCCGGAGCCAGACCCAAGCAGAAGAACAAGAAGAGUUAUGACCUCACAUCAGCCGACAUGUUCUGGCAGAAACACAAGGGCAGCCCGUUCCCAGAGGUGGCUGAGUCUGUACAGGAGGAGUUAGACACAUACCGAGCCCAAGAGGACGGGGUGAAACGCCUCAAGAGCAUCAUGGGUUUGGAGGGUGAGGAUGAGGGACCCAUUAGUAGUAUUAGUAUGUCAGACAACACCGCAAAACUUACUUCAGCUGUCAGCUCUCUGCCAGAACUUCUGGAGAAGAAGAGGCUGAUUGACCUCCACACUAAUGUAGCCACUGCCGUUCUGGAUCACAUUAAGAGCCGUAAACUAGACGUGUACUUUGAGUACGAGGAGAAGCUGAUGAGCAAAUCCACCCUGGAGGAGUCUUUACUGGACAUAAUCAGUGACCCUGACGGUAGAUGUGCCUCUGUGCCUAUCUUAACUGAUCUGGACCAAUACAAGAAGGCUCUGCUAGACACAGGCUGUGACCUGUCCCCUGUCAACUACAUCAAGCAGUGGAAGGCUUUCACUAAGAUUGCUGCCACACCAUCUAACUAUGGGAACAGCGGUGUAAAACCUAUGGGCCUCUUCUCUAGGGUGAUGAACUCUGGCUCCCAGUUUGUCAUGGAGGGGGUGAAGCACCUGGUGCUCAAACAGCAUAACCUGCCCGUCACACGUAUCCUGGACAACCUGAUGGAGAUGAAGUCCAACCCGGAGACAGAUGACUACAGAUACUUUGAUCCCAAGAUGCUGCGUGGCAGUGAGAGCUCCAUCCCAAGGAACAAGAACCCGUUUCAAGAGGCUAUCGUCUUCAUGGUGGGAGGAGGGAACUACGUAGAAUAUCAAAACCUAGUGGACUACACAAAGGCAAAGCCAGGGAAGAGGGUGCUGUACGGAUGCAGUGAGCUCUUCAAUGCAGGACAGUUCAUCAAGCAGCUGUCCUCACUCGGCCAAAAGUAAAAACAAGAAAAUAUAUGAACAUUUUAUUUUCUUCAAUUCCAUUUCUCCUAAAUACCCAAGACCUCCCGAAUCAUACUGUAGAAUCAUACUAGGUUCUCUCUGAUAUUCCAUGUAUUUUAUCAUGUGUACUGUACUUACAUUGUUUGUUUACCUAAUUAUCUUUACACUCUCAACAAAUAAAGAUUAACAGUCUUACUCAG